CCCAGCUCCUUGCCUGCGUUGUUGCCGUGAUGCUGCUAACCCUCGGAUUUCAUCAUUUCGUCUCUCGUCCGUGAUUACGCCUUCUAUUUCUUCUUCCCCUCCUAUUUUCCUCACUUCUAGUGUCAAUCCCAGAUACAAUCCAACUUCUCUCAAAUCAAUUAACCAACAUCUUCGUUUCAUCCUCCAUCCGCCAACACCGUCACUAUGGUCAAAGCAGUUGCCGUUCUCCGAGGAGACUCCAAGGUCUCUGGCCAAGUCACCUUCGAGCAGGCCGAUGAGAACUCCCCCACCACCAUCAGCUGGGACCUGACUGGCCAUGACGCCAACGCCGAGCGAGGCUUCCACAUCCAUCAAUUCGGUGACAACACCAACGGUUGCACUAGCGCCGGCCCUCACUACAACCCUUAUGGAAAGACCCACGGAGGUCCUUCGGAUUCCGAGCGCCACGUUGGUGACUUGGGCAACAUUAAGACCGAUGCCCAGGGUAACGCGAAGGGCAGCGUCACUGAUAGCCUGAUCAAGCUGAUUGGCGAGCAAAGCGUGCUCGGACGUACCGUCGUCUCUCACGGAGGCACCGAUGACUUGGGCAAGGGCGGGAACGAGGAAAGCAAAAAGACCGGCAAUGCUGGACCCCGACCUGCUUGCGGUGUCAUUGGCCUCGCCGCAUAAAUUAACCAGUGGAAGUGAAUUUUCACUGCAGGUGACGCCGACCACGAUGUUGUCAAUCGUUCAGAGAGGGGCCUUGCUGCCUCCGGUUCGGUCUUCACUAUAGCAAUAGGAUCUGAGGAGCCGACAUGGAUAGCCCUGUGCAACUCGCAUCCAAUCUGUACGCAUAUACCGUGCGCAGUAUGAGCAGGAUCUUUUCAAUCCAUCGCCAAAAAGUCAAAUUAAGAAAGCCUUAGACCAAAUGUUGUUCCCUGGUUGUUCAUGUCGUAUCA